AUGACGGCCGAGAUUGUGAGCGAUCUGUCCGGCGAGGGAUAUCAGGCAGCCGCCAUAGCAUCGGCCAUCGCAUUCAUCGUGGGCGUGUACACCACGGCCAUCGGACUGCUGAAGCUCGGCUUCCUUCUCGACUUUGUCUCCGCCCCCGUCCUGUCUGGCUGGAUCUCCGCCGUCGCCAUGGUCAUCCUCCUAGGUCAGGUCGGCAGCCUCAUCGGCAUGGAUGUCGACUCCGGUACCGCCGCCAUCAUCCGCGAGAUUCUGGGAAACCUCGACCGGAUCAAGCCGCGCACCCUGGCCAUCGGGCUCACCGGCAUCUUCGUGCUCCUCGUCCUCGAGCAUGUGGGCAGGCGCUGGGGGGGCAGGCACUUUCUCCUCAAGCUGCUGUGUACCAGUCGUGCUGUCGUGGUCCUCGUCGUCUACACGAUCAUUUCAUACCUCGUCAAUCGGCGGCGGGACAAGGAUAGUUACAGGUGGGAUGUCACAGAGAUCGAGACGAGAGGGCUGUGGACACCUCGAACCCACGACAUGAAGCUCGUACAGAAGGUGGCCGGACGUGCUUUUGCGCCCCUCAUUGCGAUGAGCGUCGAGCAUCUCGGCGUCGGCAAGGCAUUUGGACUACGCAACAACUACAAAAUUGACAAGAGCCAGGAGCUGUUCUUCCUCGGGGUCGAGAAUAUAUGUAACAGCUUCUUCGCUGGAGGUGCAAUGUCCCGAACUGCCGUCAAUUCAGAGUGCAAUGUCCGGAGCCCCGUCAACUUCCUCUUCACAGCAGGCUUCAUAAUCCUGACUCUGUAUGAACUGGCACCGGCAUUAUAUUGGAUCCCAAAGGCCACACUUUCAGCAAUAAUCAUCAUGGCCGUAGCCCACUUGAUCUCCCCUCCUCGCGUAUUCUACCUCUACUACCGCACGUCAUUCGUCGACUUUGUCGCCUCCCAGCUAGGCUUCUGGGUCACCCUAUUCGAGUCUACCGAGAUCGGUCUAGCCGCAGCAGUCGGGUUCAACAUCGUCGUCACGCUCCUGCGUCUGGCCUUCCCACGCUCAGUACAGCUAUCCAACAUCGAGUCCGAGUCCGAGGGAGGCGCGAGGGUGAAUGGCCCCCUACCAGCCAGCAAUGCCAUCCGAGUCCCGCCAGAGGCAUACUACAUCCGCUUUACGGAAGACCUUCUGUUCCCCAACGCCGAGAGACUCAAGAGCUCCAUCGUCGAGUCAAUCAAGGUGCGCUAUGAACCGACAGCCACCACGGACGUGAGCCUGUCGUCUUCCUACGGCCCAGACCGCACCUGGAAUGUCUCGGAUACGAAGCGCAUCCCCCGGCUGCGUCGUCGCAAGGGCAUCACCCCGAUACGUGCAGACCUGGCCCGGCUUCGUCACGUCGUCCUCGACAUGACAAUGGUUCCCUUCAUCGAUGUCACGGGUACCAUGGCACUUGUUGAGCUUAAGAUGGAGCUCCGCCGGUAUAUCGGCAGCCACCUGCAGUUCAGAUUCGUGGGCUUGUCCGACCCCGUCCUCGAGAGGUUCCUCCGCUCCAAGUGGGAUCUUGCCAACGAGGGGGAUCGGAGGUCGUCCGACAGUGACCUCGUCUACUCGUCGCUUGAGAAUGCUCUGUUUCAUCGGGAGGGCAGUGAUGUGGAUGAUGGGGCAGAAAAGGCCAUGGACGUGUAA